UAUUCCAGAAAGCUGGGUUAAUUAACCAUCAGAUUAACCCUAAACUCUGGGUUGAUUAACCCAAAACCUGCUUACUCUGGGUAUGUCGGUUCCAAAACACCUGUGUCGAGUUAGUUUUAUCAACCUACUGCUAAUAACCUCGAGUUAAUGCGCGCGCCCGGCGAACAUAUAAAGGCAUUUUCAAUGGAUCACCGAAUUCAGGAGUCACCAUGGAAACUAAGGGUGAAAAGUCACGUGCCGCGUACUUCUCUGAAGGUGAAUUAGAAGUUUUAAUGUUGGCUUAUGAGGAGUACAAGCCCAUUAUCAUGAAAAAAAGCAACACAGCUGCAUACGCAAAGGAAAGACAAUUGGCUUGGCAAAAAAUAACUGACAGAGUAAAUGCGUGUAAUCCUUCUGGAGCCAAAAGAACUCUUUGCCAAGUCAAAAUGAAACACAAAAAUAUUCUUCAAAAAGCUAAUAGAAAGAAGGCUGAGGCCCGUCUAACUGGCGGGGGUCCACCUCCACCUCCUCUCACUCCAUCGGAGGAGUUGGCUCUUUCUCUUAAUAAAGGUCGCCCUGUGGUCGAUGGUAUUCCAGAGGGCACUUCGUCAGAAUUUGCUUCCUCCCACAACAACUCAAGUGACUUGGUACAAUUUGCUGAUGGACGCAUUGUAUUAUUGGAUCCUCCUGAAACCACACAGUCUGUCACAAUUGAUGAUGAUGAAGAGACCACAUCUGCUGUGACUGAAUUAGAAAGUGCUGGGAGACCCACAGAGAAUGUAGCUGGGGAUGUAAAUGCAGAUGAGGGUCCAACUACCUCUACAUCUAAUCUUAGCAGUUUGUCUGCAAAGGAGCUGUAUAAGGUCCAUCUAUUAAGGCAAAUUAAAAAAAGUGACAUGGACAUGGACCUUAUACAGCUUCAGCAAGAGGAGAAAAGGCUGGCCAUUAAAAAGGCCAAACUUGAAAUCAAAUUGCUGGAGCAUCGCCUUAAGGAUCUGGAGAAAUAAAAGAAAUUAAAUAAAGUGAUUUUGACAAAUCAUGUCUCUAAGCAUUCUGCCAUCUCUGUGGUCUGCUAGAUUCAUUGGGUGUUGUUCUAGGUCCUCUUCAUCAGGACAGGGGGGAUGCCUCUCUCCUCUUAUUGUGGCAAUGUUGUGAAGUACCACACAAGCGACUGUGAUGUCACAUGCCCUAUUUGGAGUGACCCUGAGCCCACGCAGACACUGAAACCUCGCCUUCAGAAUGCCUAUUGUCAUCUCCACCUUGGCCCGUGUUCGGCUGUGAGACCGGUUGAAGCGUGUCUGUGGUCCGGGCUCAGGAUCAGGGUAGGGUGUCAUCAUAUAGGGGAGGCAAGGGUAUCCUCUGUCCCCCAGCAAGUAACCAUAGAAGUGUCCUGUAAUGUUUGAGGUGUUUUGUAAAUGUAAUAAAGACUACAAGCAUUUGUCUAACAAAA